UUGCCUUUUCCGCCUAAUCUAUACCAAACAACUGAUCCGCACACAAGGAAAGGUAUGGACCUUGGCGAUGAGAUUUCUUCUCAAUACGCACUCUCGCCGCAAGACUCAGCCAGGCUCAAAUCCAUCAUCCAAACCCACCACGCCCUCGGCACGGCGGCCCCAAACACGUGCACGUCCCUCAUAGGACGCCGCAUCGACGCGCCGGCCCAUGGCGUGUGGCCCUUGGUUCGUGACUUCACGAACCCUCGGAAGUACAAGCACUUCAUCAAGAGCUGCCAUAUGAGGGAAGGCGAUGGCGGGGUCGGGAGCGUGCGUGACGUCACGGUGGUCUCGGGGCUGCCGGCCUCGACGAGCAUGGAGAGAUUGGAGGUCCUUGACGACGAGAGGCGCGUGCUGAGCUUUAGGGUUAUUGGAGGCGACCACCGGCUUCGCGACUACCGUUCGGUGACCUCGGUGAAUGAGGUGACGAUGAUUGAAGGAGAAAGGAAGGUCGUGACUUUGGUUUUGGAGUCUUAUGCCGUGCAAAUCCCUGAAGGAAACACUUGUGAAGACGCCAAGCUGUUCGCUGACACCAUAGUGAAGCUGAACCUGCAAAAGCUUGAAGAAAUAGUCAUGGCUUCUUUGAAGAAAGAGAAUGAUGAAGGAGGAAACGCAUGAUGGUGAUGAAAAGUGCUGAUGAUGACUCAUGAUGACGAUGAUGAACGUCCGAUUGCGUGAAGAAACUGCUUGUAAUGUAAAGGAUGUUACUAAUUAUUUGUGCGAAUUGCUGUACAUUGCACUUUAAUUAUAUAUAUUGCGUACCAUUUUGAUUCCUCUA